AUGACGAUAAAGCCAGACAUAAGAGCACAAUGCCUGGAGACCUCCAAAAUUGGUGUGGAGUACAAGCAGAAAUCAGAUGGGCCUACACCAGCAUUGGUAGAAGUUGGCCAAAGAAGCACAAUCAGCACAGUUGAAAGUGCCAACUGCCUGGACACACAUAUGCCUUCAAGGUCCCAGUGCUGGUCCUCCACAGCUCCGCCUUUCUGCAUGGUUCCAGCUUUCGUCAACCCACAUAGUAUAACAGUUCGUGACAGACAUCCUACUCAAAACCACAGAGAGACACUUCUGAAGACCAGCUACAAGAAUCCGGUGAGGGUCACCAGCAUCGUAUCCUCAGUCUUGACCAAACUGCAGGCAGAAGUCAUCUGUCCCAUCUGCCUGGACUAUCUGAAUAACCCCUUCACCAUCAUCUGUGGGCACAGCUUCUGUGCCUCCUGCAUCAAGAUGUCAUGGAAGGAUCUACAGGAAAAUUUCCCUUGCCCAUUAUGCCGUUAUCCACAAGAGGAGAGAUACUUCAGAGCUAAUCAUCACUUGGGAAGGCUAGUUGAUCUGGCCAAGCUCCUCCACAGGUCUAAUAUCAGCCAGAUGAGGCAAGAAGAAGAAGACAUGUGUGAGGAGCACAACCAGGUCCUGAGCUUCUUCUGUGAGGAUGAACAAAAGCUGGUGUGUCUCCUGUGCAUACAGACCCCUGCCCACCAGGGCCACCUUGUGAGACCUGUAGAGGAGGCCGUCUUACAUCACAGACAGAGGCUAAGUCAAUAUGUGGAGCCCCUGAAGAAGCAACUGGUAAAAAUGCAGAAACUAGUAGUCACCCAUGACAGGAAGUUACAGAGAUUAAGUUAUCAGAUUGAAAAGCAAAUAGAUCAAUUAGGCUCUGAAAUGGGGCAACUGAACCUGCUUGUGGACUAUGAGCGAGAAGCAACAUUCUCCAGGUUGGAUGAAGAAAACAAACACCAACAACAGAAACUUGGUGACAACAUCACCGCAAUUUCUGACCACAUUGACACCAUGAAUGAUCUUUUCAAGGAGCUGGUGGAGAGGAGUGUGAUGUGUGAGGGGAAUUUGCUGAGGGAAGUCAAGAGUAUUCAGCACAGGUGUGAGAACUUGGCGUCCCCAACUGUGUGUUCAGUUCAGUUCAAGAAGGAGGGCUAUUGUCUUCCUCCGCUGUACUCGGUGUUCGACAACAUUGUUCAGAAAUUUCAAGAGGAAGUGACUCUGGAUCCCCGCACAGCACAUCCCAGUCUGUAUAUAUCUGAGGACAGAAAGGUUGCCAUCUAUGUGAAGCAACGAUCAAAAGUUGAUGGGAAACCAAUACUAGAUCUUGAUGAUGUAGUGGUCCUGGGCUCUGAAGGGUUCAGUUCUGGUCGACACUACUGGGAGGUCCAGGUGGGUGACAAGCCUAAAUGGGCCAUAGGGGUGUGCACAGAUGCCACUACCAGCAGUGACCAGUGGCCCCUGUCAGGUCAGAAUCGAUCCUGGAUGGUCCAGUUGCAGGAUGGUAACUACUUAGCUAGAGGCUCUGUACCUGUCCUUCUCUCUUUGAAGGACAAACCCACAGGGAUUGGCAUUUACCUGGACUAUGAGUUGGGUCAGAUUUCCUUUUAUGAUGCCAGCGACAGGUCCCACAUCCAUUCUUUUCUGGAGAAAUUUUCUGAUGUACUAAAGCCUUACUUCUGUGUGGGCCAGGACUCUACUCCUCUUGUGGUGUCUGCAGUAACAGAUUCUACAGAAUGA